AUGAACGCCACCACAAAUCAAGCAACUUCUAUUAAAUUGGUAUUACUAGGUGAAUCCGCUGUUGGUAAAUCAUCCAUUGUCCUACGUUUUGUUUCCAAUGAUUUUGCUGAAAAUAAAGAACCAACUAUUGGUGCAGCCUUUUUAACUCAACGUGUUACUCUACCCGAUGAUACAAUUAUAAAAUUCGAAAUUUGGGAUACUGCAGGCCAAGAACGUUUUGCUAGUUUAGCUCCUAUGUAUUAUCGUAAUGCCCAAGCUGCUGUUGUUGUUUAUGACUUAACUUCUCCUCAAUCUUUCUUAAAGGCCAGACACUGGGUUAAAUUGUUACGUGAACAAAGUGGGAAUAAUAUUAUAAUCGCGCUAGUGGCGAAUAAGUUGGACCUAUGUGAAGAACAAGCACAACCAGAGACUGAACAAGAAGAAACCGAACCUAGGGGAAAUGUUAGGAAAGUGGCUAAAGAAGAAGGCCAAAAACUGGCUGAUGAUGAAGGGUUGAUGUUUUUUGAGACAUCUGCUAAAACAGGUGAAGGGAUUAAUAACGUUUUUCUAUCUAUUGCUGAAAAAAUACCAUUAAAAAAGAAGGGAAAUGAGCAGGAAUCUGCUACUUUCAAUGGCAAUGGUCAAAGUGAGAAUAGUACUAGUAGUAAUGGCAGAAUCGAUUUGAAUGCUAGAAAUGGAUCAAGCGAAGCAUGUGGUUGUUAG